UCGCCACUAUUUUUCUUUGUUUAUCACUUAUUUGAAAAUUCUUAUCGUGAUUUGCUGCUCGAAAUUUGAAUAGUUUAUAAAUAUUUCUUAUAAGUAAUCGAUUUAUGUUUUGGAUUUAUCAUUUGCACAAACGACAAUAAUUAUUAAUAUAGCGAUAUUAGAACUCAUUAAAAUUCACAAAUAUUUUUAUUUUAUUAAAGUAAUAUAUAUUAACUAUUAAUCGCUUUAACUAAUAAUUAUGAGCGGAACAAGAGUUCGUACACUGCGAUCAUUUGAUGGUAGGCCACAUACGUGCAAAACUUGUGGUCAGUCAUUUGUGCAAUUAGCUGAUCUUUCCAAGCAUAUAUUGUCUCAUAAAAGAACAGGCAGUUUAAAGUGUAAUGUUUGCGAUAAGAAUUUUCUAACUGCUAGUAAUUUACGUAAUCAUAUUCUUACAUCUAAGCAUGAUGCAAGUUCUACCCAUAACAUUUGCUCAUUGUGCGGUAGAGCGUUUUGUUCUAAAGCACUGUUGCAAAAACAUGAAUGUGUAAAAUCUGGUGAAAGACCAUUCAAGUGCAUUUUUUGUGAAAAAUCAUUUGCUGUGAAGGGGAGUUUGCAACGACAUUAUAUGACACAUUCUGGAGAAAAACCUUAUGAAUGUAAAAUUUGUCAUAAAGGAUAUCUUGAUAAAAGUAAACUUACCAAGCAUAUGUCUAAUCAUACACCUGAUAAACCAUUUGGGUGUGAUAUUUGUGGUAAGACUUUUCCUGAUCAAGAAUAUUACCAGAAACAUCGAUCUCUUCAUGAAGAAAAGAAACGACAAGAGUGUGAUAUUUGCGGUAAAGUGUUUCAAGAAAGAAUUUUUUUCCAGAUCCAUAGAUUAUCACACUUUGAGCAGAAACCAUUUAUUUGUGAUGUGUGUGGAGAUUUAUUUACUGAUAAAACAGCUUUUUUAAGACACCGUUCUGCUCAUAAAAUUCCUAAAGAAUUUGUACGAUUUAAAAAUAUGCGGGAUCAACUAAAGCAAAAACUUGGUGAGACUGGUUAAUUAGUAAAGUGCAUGGUGUUUAUUGUUUAUCUUGGGAAGUACUGUAUUGUAUCAGUACCUGUGCCAAAAUAAAUGCAAAAUUUUGGCUAAUUUUUGGGCAAUUGCAGGCAAGAAACUAUACCAAAAGUCACAGAAAAAGGUAAACUCAAGAGAUAUAAAUUAUAAUUAUCCCAAGCAAGCUAUAAUAUUUUUCUUUAAUUUAUUCCAAGUAAACCAAUCAUGUAAUUUUAGUUUAUAUGAACAGGUACCAAUAUCGGAAUAUCCCCUUAAACUUUGUAUGCAUUAGUAUUUUAUUUUAAUUAUUUUAGCUAUAGCUUAAAUAUUAUUUCUUUACUUAUUCUUUAUUAUUGUUUGCUUUAUUUUCUGUGAAAUUUUAGCUAUUUAUGUCAGUAAUGGCAAAGCUAUGGUCAUUGUUUUUAAGUUUGCCAUAUUUAAAGUUAUAUUUUGUUAUAUUAUAAUAAGCUAUAAACAAUAGAAAAAGCAUACAAUGUAGAACUUAAUGCUUUGUUGAAACUUUAAAAAAAAAUUUUAAUGCAAUUCCUUUUUUUUUUUGUGCAAACCUGGUACAAUUAUUGCAUUUGGUUCUAAUUUACUAGUAUUUUCAUUUUUAGCAAGUAUCAGUUAAUGUUAAAAAAAGUUCUCAGACAAUUAGAUAGAUUAAUUCACAAAAUUUGAUAGAUCAUAAUAUUUUUAGGAAAAUUUUAUCUUUGUUUUCUUUAAUAAAAUUUUAAAAUGUCAGAAAUCUAUUCAUGGUUGUUUAAAGAAUUUUAAGUGGUUUUAAAUGAUUAUCCACUUCUCCUGUCUAAGAGUCACUUUAGAUAUAGCCAGUACCUAUAGUUUAAAGCUUCAAGAUAAUGAGUAUUUUCUUAUUACAAUCUUAUCUUAUUAUUAGAAUUUAUAGUAAUGAAUACACUGAAUGAACUAGUUUUUUCCCGAAGUAAAAGUUUGUAUGAUGUUUUAAAAAUAUUUCUCAUGUUUGCAAAAAGAUUUUUAAAGUUGCAUAAGAAGAAAAUUCAUUAGUUCACUUUUUUUUAUUUAUUUAAAGUGAAUCUAAAAUUCUUGGCAAAGUUUCUGUUAUUUUUUUAUUUAACUUAUUCAAAAUUAAUUCAACAAGUUGAAUACAAGAUACAAGUUGAAAUUUUAUUUUAAAAUUCAUUUCUCUUGUUAAAGAAAUGAAUAUUUGAAGAAAAAAUUAUUUUAAAUGCUUGUGAAUAUGCAUCUAUAUUGUUCAUAUACUCAUCUUUCUACCAUAAUAUUAAGCUUACACACGAAUUGUGUUCUCUAGCAUUUUAAGGUUUUUUGCUUUAAUUGGAAAAGAUUUUGUGAAUGCUAAUUUAGAGUUUAUGCUGGAUAUAUAAUAUUUUAUGACUUAUUUCAUUAAAAUAAUAUAUAUGUUGAUAAGAAAUGUAUAAUGUCAAUAUUUUUUUAGGAUUAUUUACAUCAAAAUAAUUAUUUUUAAACUAUUACUAAGUUUUAAAAGAUUGUAUUUAUAUGUAUCCAAGAUAAUUAGUAUUUUCUUAUUACUAUCUUAUCUUAUUACUAGAAUUUAUAGUAAUGAAUACACUGAAUGAACUAGUUUUUUUCCCUCUACAGAGUUACAAAGUAAAAGUUUGAAUAAUGAUUGAAAAAUAUUUCUCAUGUUUGCAAAAAGAUUUUCAAGGUUGUAUGAAAAAAAAUUCUUUAGUUCACUUUUUUUAUUUAUUUAAAGUGAAUCUAAAAUUCUAGGCAAAGUUUCUAUUACUUUUUUAUUUAACUUAUUUAAGAUUAAUAAAGUUGAAAUUUUAUUUUAAAAUUCAUUUCUCUUGUUGAAGGAAUGAAUAUUUGAAGAGAAAAUUAUUUUAAAUGCUUGUGAGGAUGCAUCUAUAUUGUUUAUAUACUUCUCUUUCUACCAUAAUAUUAAGGUUAAACAUGAAUUGUGUUCUCAAGCAUUUGAAGGUUUUUUUCUUUAAUUGAAAAAGAUUUUGUGAAUGUUAAUUUAGAGUUUAUAAUAUAAAUUCAGGAUAUAUAAUAUUUUAUGACUUAUUUCAUUAAAAUAAUAUAUAUGUUGAUAAAAAAUGUAUAAUGUCAAUAUUUUUUUAUGAUCAUUUACAUCAAAUUAAUUGUUUUUAAACUAUUACUAAGUUUUAAAAGAUUUUAUGUAUUUGUAUCUAGUUUUUAGAAUAUUUCAAGAAUCAUGUUUAAGAAAUUACACUUAUUGUUAAUUAUUGUGGUAUUUUCAUAAUAUAAGAGAAACCAGGGUUAGUUAGUCCACUUUUCAUUUUUUAUUUCAUUUUUUAUUUCAUUAAAAAAUUAUCUGUACAGUUUGAUUUUGUUCUACAAGUCAAUUGCUUUUUUCUCGGCAUUCAUUAUUUUUUUAAAAAAAUGUUCUGUUGAAAACUUUUUUGUAUUAAUUGUUUUUAAAAACUUUGAAUUGUGGAUCAACAUACCUUAGGGACGGGGUGCCACGUUCUACUUCAUGGGCAUGUUGGACCAUGUGACAAAAACAUCUUUAGAGACAAUAUUGAAGGAUACAUGUUUUACAAUACAAUAAUUGUAUUUUCAUUUAAAUAAUUUAAAAUGAAAAUUGCAUUUCUGAAGAUUAAUAAAGUGAGUCUUCAAAGAUUCAAUAAAAGAUUGCCAUCCUUACUGCACACAAUCAUUUAUUGAAUUUUAUUAAAAAUAGGUUUUUUCACUAUUAGUAAUUGAUUUUGCAUAAUGAAACAUGAUAUCUUCAUUUAAAAAAAUUUUUGCAAAUUAAAGUGACCAAAAGCCAUAUUAAGCAAUAAUUGUGCAAUGAAAAGCCUGAUAUUUCUUGAAUGAGGUUCAGGUAAAAUAAAAAUUAUAACAUCUUCAUGCACUAUUAUUAUCAAUGAUUUUUGGAGAUAAAUUAUUUUUUUUUUUUUAUCGCCAUUGCCUCGUACAAAUUUAAUUCAUUCCCGAAUACUAAGAACAUAGAAACUGAACUAAAAACUUUUAACUUAUUCAUAAUUCCUUAAAAAUCAAAAUAAAUAUAUAUAUAUUAGUUUUUACUUUGCAGUGCUAAAAUGCAACUUGUUGAAAUAAAAAAUGCAUACAUUAACUGGACAGCAUGAUCCUUUCAUAGGAUUUGUAAUACUAAAUGUGCACAUAUAAUGGGAAAAACAACCUAAAAUGUUCAAUUGCAUUAAAAUAAUUGUACCUGGUCCUAUGUGCCCCUAGGUCCAACCUACCUUGUCUCCCUUUACCAUGCUCUAUCAUUUUUAAGAAGUCAACUUUUAACAUAAUAUAUACAAUGAAUUUAUUGCGUAUAAAUUGAUGAAUUAAGAAUUUAUGCUUUUAACCAUUUAAUUUUAUUUCUAUCUGUUGCUAUUUGUUUACAAAUUAUGUAUAUAUUUUUUAAAGAUCAGCAUUUUAAAUAAUUGUUGUUUUGUAUGUCGGCUUUUAUGUGGCCUUCGUGUAUUUUUGUUUUAAUGAAUGUCCUAAAACAUAAUACAUUUUUAAAUCUUAACCUAAUCUACCAAAUCCUAAAAUGAAUUCUUAUGAAGUACGUGUUUUAGUAUUAUCUACGAAAGUUAGAUUUUUAUAUUUCAAAGUUAGCUUUUACAGUGUUUUUAGAAUAAACAUAUUUUAACUAUUUGAUUUAUUUAGAAGAAAAAAAUUUAUAUUUAUAUUUAACUGAUAUUUUGUUAUCACAAAUUUAAUAAAAUAUUGUUAUUUUUCAAAGAUCAGCUUUUUACAAAAGCAUUUUUUAUGUACCAUAAUCAACCAACCUGUGAUCGCUACAACCUGAUCUUUGAUUUUACUCAUGCUUGAUGGCCUUUUAAUGCCUAUUCAAAGUAUAAGUUGUUUUACUUACACAAUUGUGAUUGUGUAUUCUUUCAUAUUAACUUUUUUUUUCUCUUUUAAUCCAUAAUCUCAUACUCUAAUUGUUUUUAUGAAAGAUUUCUACUAAAAUUGAAGGAAUAAAUAUGUUUAAAAUCAACUCAUUUUAAGUUUUUAAAUAUAUGUCCAUUUGUAAAUUAAUUUGAAAAUUUCUAUCCCGAUUCUAAAAUGUAAUUAAGAGUUUCUUUAACGUGUACUGCAUUUUUAUGCCUAAGCACCUUUUACGCUUGUGCUUGGUCUGCUUCAAUUUCGUUAAAAUAGGGGUUUGGUUAGAUGAGAAAAAUAUCAUGCAUUGUUUAUUUUUUUCUUCGUAGUUGAUAAUGUGCCUUAAAACCUCAGAAAGUGCACAAAUAAGCCUAUCACCCUUUCUCCAGGUAAAAUUAACACUCCAACGUUUUUUUUUCCCUCUCUCUAUUCCGAAUAGCAGGGAUGAAUAAAGGCAGCUGCUUAAAGGGAAAGGGACUAAUCUACUUGGGUUGUCAAGUUUCAUAUAUAUAUAUUUUAUUAAAUUUUAAAAUCAAAGAAUAAACAUCAGUUUGAAAAAAAGUAUAGAAUUUCCUACAAUUACGUUGAUAUUGAUGUAAUUAACAAAAUUUUAGUCUAUGAAAUUAAAAUCUAAAUGCCAUUUUUUUUUUAAAGUUUUACUACGAAAUAAUUGGUUACUAAGAAAAGACAACGCGAGUAUUAAAUUACUGAAAUUUAAAUCAUAUAAUUGGUUAAUGAAGUAGCAAAUUAUAUGAAUUUAUAAAAGUUGUAGAUCAAAUCUUUUAUCUUUUCUAUAACUAAUCACAUAUUAGAAAUUCCAAAAAAAAAGAUAGACAUUUAUAAAUAUCUGGGCAACUGAAAAACAAAUGUAAUUUCAUCCUUUAAAAAUAGAGUUUAAAUUGGAAUUUACAAGCAGUAUCAAUGAAACAUUUCUAGAAAAUCUCAUUUUUGUUUGAAAUUUAACAGUUAAUGAAAAACAGUUAAUAAAAUAUUUUUUAAAACUUUCUUUUUAAAGUUGCUGCCCAUUGGUUGUAUUGCUGGAUUUCUGUAUCUUAAUUUCCACUUAUUCUCAGAAACUGCUUUUUUACUUACUAAAAGUUUUUUUUAUUUAUGUAUUUAAUGAAAAUAAAUUAUUAAAUUAAAUAAGGCAUUUUCAUGAAAAGCAUUUCAGUAGAAUUCAGUUUGUGAAACUUAAAGUUUCCAGAAACAAAAGUGACUGAUAUUUAAAACAAAAAUUUUCUUUUGAGCAUAUGAGGUGUAAAAAUUGUUCAAGAAGUGAAAUGCUGAAGGAACUCUAGUCAGAACUUCAAAAGAGAAAAAAAACAGGUAGCCACCUGUGAGCAUGAAUCUUGCAAUAUCAAAAAAAAAAAAAAACACUCUUCAGUAUUUGCAUUGUACUAUAAAAGUACAAUAUAAUACAAUGCAGCUAUUGAGUAUUUUCCCUCUUUGAAUCAAGUUUAUUUUUCUGAAGAAUGAGAUUACGAAACAAAGAUUUUUUUACUAAAGUUCUUAUUCUAACAAUGAUAUUUUUAAGAAAAGAAAAUACUUUCAAGAAAGUUUCUGAGAAAAAAAUAAAAUCAAAAUGAGUUUAUAAUGUUCCCAGUUUUCAUAACCUGUUCUUAUUAAAUAAAAGAAAAAUGAUUUUUUUUUUGGAAUUUCUCUUCGUCAUUGUGGAUCUUACUCUGACAUUUAGCUUUUCAAUGUUUAGUUCCUACUGUUCUACAUUUUUAAGCAGUCUCCCAGUAAUAUGGCACAACUAGUCAAUGUGCUGUAGGGCUACUAAUGAAUUCUUUCUUUUUUAAAUAUUUGGGUAUACUUGAGCAUUUACGCAAUAACUCUUUUUUUUCUCUACAGUACUUUUUAGAAAAUGAUUGCCCCACACGUAAAAAAUUUAACGACUUGCAUAUAAAAAAAUUUUUAUUUUGCCUAUUAACUAGAAUGACUUGAAUAAGAAGUUAAAUUAUUUCCUGUUAGCUUUAUUUUUUCUUUGGAAAUUUUUUUUAAUAAAUAAAACUUAUAUUUAUGCUAAGUCAUUUGAUCUAAUCAAAUAUAAAUGGCACAUGAAGUUUAUUCCUUUGUAUCCAAAGAAAAAUAAAAUUUUAUAAAUAUAGUGCCAUUUUUCUGUGAUAAACCACUUAAGCAGUUUUUUUUUUAAUUUUUUUUUUUAUGCUAUCUAUCUAUUUUAAUUAUUUAGAAAAUAUUUGCUUUCAAUAUGAGAACUGUACUUUUAUUAUCAUUCAAUUAUAUUUCCAGGAUUAUCAUUAAAUGAAUUUUGAAUUUUUGAAAAGCAUAUUUUGGUCUAAAUAUCUCUAUUGCUGAUUUAUUUGUUGUAUGAAUGGAAUAAAUAAAGCUUAUUCAUUUGUUUAAAAGUAAAAUAUUUUUAAUAAUAAUUUUUUAUUCAAGAAAUGUAUUUUAAUAUUUUUUUUACAAAUAUUUUGAUUGUUUAUUUAUCAGUUAUAUGAACUCUGAGUAAUGAUAAAAAAUAACAAUUAUUUCAUUAACAGUAUAAGAUAUUUAUUGUAUAUAUUUUAGAUAUUCAGCAAUGGUCUAGUAUGAGUUCCUAUAUGUGUUAUAAAAAUUUAAUAAUAAAGAUUCAAUUAUUGGUAGAAAUUAGUGUAUUUUUCUAAACUCUUAUUGAGUAAACCUUUUAGGUGUUCUUUCUACAUCAAUUUUGUCCAGCUGUUUCAUAUUCUAAUGUUAUAUUAUUGUAUUAAAAAUUCAUAUUUCUACAAGAAGAGAAAUGUUAAUCUAUUUUCAAUAUGGAAAAUGUUUUUUGUGAAACGAUUUGCACAGAAGGUGUAUUUUACUACAAUGUACACUGUAUUUUUAAUGGAAGUCUUAUUUGUAUCAGAAUGUUGAUUACCUGUAUAAAGAUUUCUAUUUUUCUAGCA